ACACCAUUGACAUUCAUAAACCAAUAUGUGGCGUCGAGCGCUUGUGCGUUGCGCGCCAACGCUGCGAUCGUCGUGCGCUGCGCCCCAGUCGCUCUCGUCUCAGGCGCUGCGCCGGGUAUGCACAGCCAGCUCCUCCGCGUCUCAUCUGCUGCACGUUUCCAGAGCCUCGUUUCCGCACUUGCACAGCCAUAGUCGCUGCUUCGCCACUCAGAGCGGCGAUAUUGAACCACCAGUUUCGCCGACGACUUCCAGCGAGUCUACAGUCUCGGCCACCGAGUACUCUGGUGCACCUGGAGUAGAAAGCCCUGGUGAGAAGUUCGUGAUGGUCUACACGUGCAGCGUAUGCGAGACGCGCUCAGCCAAGACCAUCAGCAAGCACGCCUACUACAAUGGAGUGGUGCUGGUGCGUUGCCCUGGCUGCGAGAAUCUGCAUCUCGUCGCCGACCGGUUGGGCUGGUUUGAAGACGACUCGACGGACGUGGAGAGUCUGCUGAAGCAGAAGGGCGAGAGCGUCCGCUUCGUCACGGGUGAGAACGUUCUUGAACUCACAGAGAACGACAUCCUUGGCAGCAAGAGCGAGGAAUAGACGCCAAGUACAAUAACAGUGAGGAUUCUUUUGCAAAAUAGACAUUCUGUUCUUGCAGAGAACGCGUUGGAUACAUGCC